AUGAUCCUGUUAACUUCGGUGACAUCUUCAGUGGUGCUGUCACUGCUGCUUGUUCAUGUUGCUGCAAACUUCGGAACGUUUACAAGUCUAGGAAAUACACUUUCAAAUUGUAGACCCGCCAUUUCCAACAGUUACUGUGACUUCUAUAGCCGAUCAAAUUCAGCAUUUCGAACAGUAGAUGGAACUUGCAAUAACCUUUUCAAGACAACGCAAGGAGCUGCAAACACACCAUUAGCUCGACUUCUACCCGCGGAUUAUGUAGACUCUGCUAAUUUGGACACACCACGAGGAUUCCCAGGAACAUUUCCUUCUGUUCCUACACCUCACGAAGUCUCCGAAGCCGUCUUUUCUGUACAAAUUCGUAACAGGCAAAGUGCAAGAGGACUCUCUGCAAUGUUUAUGGCGUUUGGACAGUUUCUCGACCAUGAUAUUGGAUAUACAACACAUCCAACUUGUGAUGUAUCAGCAGGAUGUGGUUCUCUGAGUGCCUUCACUUAUCCAUGCUUUCCACUUCAAUUCAAACGAAAUGGAGCUGCGUGUUCUUCACUUGCAAGAUCCUUCCCUGUGUGUCAAUCUCCAUUUAGACCAAGAAGUACACGGGAACAGAUAAACAUAAUAUCUUCUCAUAUUGACCUAUCUCAAGUUUAUAGCAACGAUUUGAAAGUUCACAAACAAUUAAGAAGAUUAGAUGGAUCUGGAUUACUCAGAGUAACCUCAACAAAUUUGAUGCCAAUACGAUUGCCAGCAACAGAUCCAGAAUGUGGGAACCCUGGUGGUUGUUCUUUGGUGGGUGACGAUAGAGGUGACGAGAAUAUUGUUCUCCACUCUCUUCACACAAUCUUUGUCCGAAAUCACAACUACAUUGUUAAGCAGCUCAAAAGGCUGACAAGAUCUUGGAGUGAAACAUUUCUUUUUGAAACAGCAAGAAAAAUCAACAUUGCAAUUUGUCAACGUAUCGUUUACAAUGAAUUCUUACCAAGUCUUGUCGAUUUAAACACUUACCGUGGAUACAACCAAUAUACUGAUCCUAGUAUUCUUAACGUAUUCUCCACAGCAGCUUUCAGAUUUGGUCACAGUUUGGUACCAAACGCCUGGGCCCAACUUAACAACAACUUUGACAAGGCUUUUGACGAUAUAUCUCUUCAAGCUUCAUUUGAAAAUACUGUUCCUAUUCGACAACGUGGCAUCGAAUCAACAACCUUUGGCUUACUGGCUAAUCAAUCACAACCAGUAGAUACAAGUUUCGCCUUUGGCAUCGUAAGAAGACUGUUUGUUCCUUUGGGAGAAAAUAGGCGAGAAGAUCUGACAGCUUUGAACAUACAGAGGGGACGGGAUCAUGGAUUACAGACAUAUGGGGCUUGGAGAAGAAGAUGUAACUUACCAGCCAUCAGUUCAUUUUCCCAAUUGGUAGGUACUAUGCCGUCAAAUGUGGUAUUGAAUUUCCAGAAAGUAUACAGCAAUCCUAAUGACAUCGACAUCUUUGCUGCUGGUAUUGCGGAGAAUCCAACAAAUGGAAAAAUGCUUGGUCCCACAUUUCAAUGUAUCCAGAAAAUCCAAUUCGAGCGAUUUAGAGAUGGUGAUCGAUUUUGGUAUGAAAAUCCAGGUGUUUUCACCUCUGCUCAAUUGAGAGAAAUUAGGAAGAUGACACUGUCAAAGGUUUUAUGCAACACACUGAAUGGGAUUGUAUCCAUCCAACCGUGGGCUUUGCAAGCUGUUACUUCUUCCACGGUACGAAAAACAUGUGGCAGUAUACCAGAUAUGGAUGUUUCUCCUUGGUACACUUAUUUAAUCUUGGAUGCAAAAUCCAGUUAUGUGUAUUUUCCUUCUAGUCUAAUUGGCAAUUUAACUGUACGACAGCCGGGCAUCAUUAAUAUGUUAUACAGAAAACGUACGGAAAAUUGUAUUGUUUUACGAGUAAAAAAUACAGGAAAAAUUAUCUUGGUAACAGCAAUACACAAUAAAGGUUGGAAAAGAAUUAGUGCUGAUUUAUGA